AUGGAGUCUGAACGCUCCGUUUCCACCACCCUACCAAGGAACUUCAUGUUCCACUACCGUGACGGCCCUGCUCCACAAACACCAGAGCCAGAGCCGCAACCAGAGCAACUGCAGCCACCGCCGCCUCCCCGCCAAGUCCUCAAGGUCCGCCGCCGUCGUGCCACCAUGGUCAUGAACCCCGACGACAUGGACGCAGUCAUGCAUCAACAACCCAUCCCCACCAUUGAAGCGCCGGAAAUCAUGUCAGAAGCCCCGAGUGAGCUGCCAUCCUACUCUCUGUCUCAGGACGACGCCUUCCUGUCUCCAGGCUUUAGCUAUACUCGUAUGAUCUCUCCGCCAAAGACUCCUGCUCACCAAGUGAGAACUAUCAGCCACUACGAAGGACCUCAAGACUGGUCAGACGUUCCACACGUCAGUCAGAGCGAGACCUCUAGCAGACCCACCUCAUCAUCCGGCUUCUCCGAUUCGUCUCUUUCGUCUUGCGACAGCAUCGGAUCCUUCAUGUCAAGAAGCGGCAGCUGCACAAGCCCAGAAGAUGAAUCGUCUGAUCCAUUCUCCUUCUGUCCGCCACCGCAACUUCAACGCCCGGUGUCGCCAUUGAUGAACCAACAACCAACACGCUCUGCCAAGAAGCUGAAGCUAAGGGCCAACUUCACAGAGGAAAUGGACUACCACCUGUGGAUGACUUACAUGAAUUACCUGCAGGACCCUACAGUGACACCCUUCAAGGCUCUCCCAAGCACUACACCACCGAAUGGUGUGUGUCACCGCGUGGCGAGGAUGGCUCGAAAGACUUGGAAGGGCCCAAGGCAGGCCCGCGUUGGUGGACUCCGUGUACAGACUCAAAAGAGUGGCAAGCCCUUCGUGCGGUACCCUACCGAGAAGCAAUGUCGAAAGCGUCUGCGAGAUUUGGCCAAACAGAAACCCACCUUGUCUGCACACUACCAGCGUCUCCUCCAUCGAUCACCCUCACCGCUUCAAUCCUCUCCACCUCCAGAGGAACCACCGUCGCAACCAUCGCAAUCAUCGUCCUCUUCGGUGCCGCAACAGCCUUUGUCUUCACCUUUCUCUCAGGGAUCGACGACCUUCUCGACCCGUGACAUGAAUCUCUCACUAGCGACCAGUACUGCUGCGUCGAUGCAGUUGGGCAACCCGCUGUCACAACUCACCAAGGAUAUUACACCACGACCGACAGCGAGGACAUGGUCAAGUGCCCGAUCUUCUGCUCAUCAGAAGUCGCAGUCGCUCCACAUCGGGCUCGGCCUUGGGCUAGGCACUGCACUAGGCUCUCCCUUCCACGCAAAGCUCGAGGCCAACAAGCUCAGCAUGAGCCAGAAUACCGCACGCACUUGGCAUGCAUCGUCGACGUCUCAGCCACCACGUCUAGGCUCUCCUUUCCAGCUACACGCACCGCGACCAAAGUCCAAGGUGUUCAAGCGUCGUGCCCUUCACAACAGCUUUGAGGGGAGGGUGCGUAACCGAGGAGAGAGCUUCGUCAACGAGAUUUUUGGAGCUCCGGCAGAAUCGAGCCACCGUGGUGUCAGGAAUCGUGGCUUCAGCCUGGGCGACAUGACGGAAGGAGCACGACGUCUUCCUCUGGCCAACGACCCUUCGGGCUUCAACCCAUUUGCAGACUCUCGUUCUGCCCUGCCGAGCCCACACUCACCCGCGGUAGCAAAUGAUGUACUCGGGCAGUCUACUGCUCGCCUAGGCUCACCAUUUGUUAGCCGGUCAAACAACAUGUUCCCUCGACCGACCAUGUCGCACAGCUUUGAGGCUCCCGCAUCGUUUGAGCAACGGUUUGCUGGUAUGCCUAGCAAUGCUACCCGCCUAUAG